ACGACGCAGACUUCGUAUCCCAGCAUGCAGCAGGAGGCCGUUGAGAGAUCCAGCAGCUGGUAGUUGGAAGAGCGCCGAAGCAGGCAGGAGCCAACGGCCAGCAGAGCCCACACAUUUCCUCCUCCAUGUGAGAUAAACUGAGCCGUUUACCUCGCAGGCUACAGAAAAUAUGCUGUUCGGGCGCCCGCUGUGUUCUGCGAGUGAACUUUGAGUCUUCGUUGUCAGCCGGCUCUCAUUUUGGAGGAUUCCUCCCUCCAUCCCCCGGAUCGCAGCGAACAGGCAAUGACAACGGUCUCAGCAACCCCGCAGCAGAUGAAGGACCGGCUGCUGCUGGCCAUUGACAGUCAGAGCAAUAUAUGUGAUAUGGCGGUUGUACUGGAAGUAAUUGCCUGUCUUGAGAAGUAUCCAAUUACCAAAGAAGCACUUGAGGAAACUCGGCUUGGAAAACUGAUCAACGAUGUGAGGAAGAAGGCCAGGGAUGAAGACCUAGCGAAGCGAGCCAAGAAACUGUUAAGAAAAUGGCAGAAUCUGAUAGAACCUGGGCCGGCCGGGGCUGCCAGUGUCCCUGGAUCCACCAACGGCAGCUCUCAUCCCUGCAGGACGGAUUCCUCCCCUGCGGACCUCUCCGUGUCGGGGAAAGGCGUCCCUGAGGUCAAGACCAGAAACGAUGUCCACAACACGUAUUCGCCCAAAGCUGAGAAAUCAAGCAGCCGGAAGCGACGGGCGGAGCCCAGAGACGGCGGGGUGUACUUGCCCGAGAAAAUCGCCAGGAUGACGACGACGUACGACAAUUCUGUUUCACCGCCCACCAAUGGGAUCGCUGGCAGCCCCGUCACGCUGCUCGACCAGGAGGCGGUCCCGUCUCCGGACAGAUCCCGGGUGGACCACCCUGAAAACGACAAAGUUAACAGGAUUCCCAUAAACGCCGUCAAGCCUCGGCCCAGCUCUCCCGGAGCGGCCAAGCCGCUCAGCGCUUCCUCCUUGAUCAAAGUGGCCGUGAUGCAGCAGCAGGCUAGGUUGGAUGAAGGCGGUGGCGGUUUCCAGGCCAGGAGUCCCCGUAGCGUCGCGUCCAGUCCGAGGAGCGGAAAGCAAGACUCUGUGUCCAAGCGCUCAGCAGCAUUCGCAGCUAAAGGGACGCCGAUCCCAAGCCCAUCUUCCAGAGACUCUCCCUUGCCUUUUUCUCACUCUGUGUCCUCCCCAGGCCAGGCGCCUUACGCUAAGAAACUGCCACAUUCUUCUCACAGGGCUCCCCUGCAGUCAGCCAGUACGUCAGAAACCCCGUCUCACUGCCCACCCCACGACAUCGCCGCAGCGCUGGAGUCCCCGUCGCUCUCCCCCUCCCUGCUUGCUCCUCAGCAGAACUCCGACCUGCACAGAUCGACGUUCGAGGGAGGCACGACGGUGGGUGAGGACGCGGACGGCACGACGGCACCCAGCCUGGACCAUAAAAGGAGAAAGUACAGGCCGAGAGACUUCUCUGUGAACUUAGACGGUCAAAAAGUAGAGGACACAACGAAGCCUGUGAGGUUAAAAGAGCGCAGGAUAACGUUCGACCCGGUCACGGGCCAGAUCAAACCUCUGGUGCAUAAAGAACCCUCUCAGGCAGAGGACGUCCCCACUCCAGACCCCGCAGAGUCCCGGCAGAGAACUGAGAGCGUCCCCCCCCAGCCCACUGCCACCACCUCCACGCCCGGCCCCGCCCCCGGCCCCGGCCCCAACCCCUUCCGCCAGACUAACUGGAAGGAGCUGUCCAGGAACGAAAUCAUCCAGUCCUACUUGAACCUUCAGAGCAACGUGCUCACCUCCUCAGGGGUCCAGGCCCCCAGCGCACACUUCUUCAUGUCUGAAUAUCUGAAAAGGGAAGAGCAGGAGACCAAGGAGCUGAGGAAAACGCACGUGUUGCAGACGGACGGCUCGGUGGGCGAUUUGCCGGGGGUGAGUCGAGAGCUGUCGGCGGAGGACUUGGACAGGAUACACACGCGGAACUGGCCCGGUGUUAACGGUUGUUAUGACACCAAGGGCGCCUGGUAUGACUGGACAGAGUGCAUAUCACUGGACCCUCACGGGGAUGAAAGCAAAUUGAACAUCCUGCCAUAUGUUUGCCUAGACUGAGAGGUUCGGGGAGGCUGCUGUUUCUUCUCUAAGUUCUUUGUCUCGACCGAGACCAGAUAGUUUGAUUUAUUUUUUUUUUUGGGUUUCGUUUGUCCACUGUGAGUUUGGCAAGAACCAGACCUACUAAACUUCCCUCCCCAUGGCUCUUUCUGUGAAAAUCUCUUGAGACUUUGGUAUUAAAAGCAUAAUGAUUGAAAGCAAAGUUAAGUUUAUAAUAUCAAGGGCUGUUUCUGUUUUGUUUCUGAAAGUGAAAGAGACGAGGUCCGUGUUUCAGAGAACUGAUGCUGGCAGCGGAGGCACAGAGGAGAGGGCAGCUUUAUUUCUGCCCACCUGUAACGUCAGCGCCGUGUUGACCUGUGAAGGUCAGAGCGGCGCUGCUGUUUCAGGCGCAGAGCCGUGAUCCUGUUUUCUUUUUCUCUCCUCGUUCCUGGCGAGGGUCUGCAGGAUCCUGGGGUUAAACGUAGAGGGAGGUCCUGGGUUUGGCUGCUCUGUCCGGACCGGCGUGCUGACCUUACCUAGGCACAGUCCAAGCUGAACGUGUCCAGAAUGUCACAUACUGGAACAUGUUUGGCAGUUACAAGAGGCUUUAUGUGAAAUAUGAAAAGUAAAUUAUAAAUUUCUUAUGUAUACAUCUAUUUAUUUUUGACCAGUUCAAUUAUGGGAUGCUCUAAAGAAAAAAGCUUCUCAAAAAAAAUGUUUUUUUUUCUUCUCCUUUUUCUGUUUUAAAUUACAGUGUUGUCAUCAUGAAUCUCCCAAACGUUUGUGUAGCUUUUCUUUGAGAUUGGAGAAAUAUUUCUGGUUAACAUUCCAAGUCGACCGUUCACCAACUCCAACUCUUUCUGUCUCACCAUAAAGCUCCUAAAGGUCCAUUCAGUGCCAGGGCACGCGCUUUUGGACGCCUCCAGAAGUGCUCAUUUGUCACUUAGAGCCGGUCAGCGGGGGUUGAAACAUGUCCAGUAACGCUCCUCAGGUAGGUCAUCGCAUGCCAGAGUCAAAAGGAAGGACUUGUGUGAACGGCGAAGCUCGUUUAGUUACCCUGGAAGACUUUGGUUGCCUUCUGAAGUUCUGUCUCAGUGUUUCUGAGUGAAUGUACGGUCACCCAUAUGAUGGGCCCAAAAGGUUAUGUGCAGAUCUGGAGGUAGGGUUUGUUUUGCUUCCAUGUGUAAGCGCCAUGAGGAUCAAACGUCGUGGCAUUUCCCAUCCAGUGAGCGACAGUGUUGGAUCUGGUUCCGGUUCUUAGCGCCGCUCGCUGCCGCUCUCACGUGAUUGGAGUGCAGAUGGGCCCGUGUGUAGCCUCUGUUCAUUCUUUGGGUUUGGUUUUUUCUUCCCCACCAACGUGCCUUGGUAAAUUCUAAAUCUGGAUUUGCUUCCGCAUUAAAGGCGUCUGUCUGUGAGUUAAUGCGUGACAACUCCAAAUCCCACAAUCGAUGCGCGCCUGGUAUAUGCACAGAUGUCUGUUCCUUUUGUACGCAGCGCUCUGCGGGGGGGCGCAGGUAACGGUGAACUGCACAACAACACAGCUGGCAAUAAAGGACGAAUGCGACAACAGGUUAAGGAUCUUUUUUCUGGAGUGUUGACUGGGGCGUCUUUAUUUGUUCAGUGUUUAACAUCUCUAAAUUGUUUGAAAAAAAUAAAAGAUCUAAAUCCUCCA